AUGUGUGCAGUGCCCGUGUGUGCGGUACCCGUGUGUGCGGUGCCCGUGUGUGCGGUACCCGUGUGUGCGGUGCCCGUGUGUGCGGUGCCCGUGUGUGCGGUGCCCAUGUCUGCAGUGUCCGUGUGUGCAGUGCCCGUGUCUGCAGUGCCCUUGUGUGCGGUGCCUGUGUGUGCAGUGCCCGUGUGUGCGGUGCCCGUGUGUGCGGUGCCCAUGUCUGCAGUGCCUGUGUGUGCGGUGCCCGUGUGUGCAGUGCCCGUGUGUGCAGUGCCCAUGUCUGCAGUGCCCAUGUGUGCGGUGCCCGUGUGUGUGGUGCCCGUGUGUGCGGUGCCCGUGUGUGCCGUGCUCGUGUGUGCAGUGCCCGUGUGUGCGGUGCCCGUGUCUGCGGUGCCCGUGUGUGCAGUGCCCAUGUCUGCAGUGCCCGUGUGUGCAGUGCCCGUGUGUGCCGUUCCCGUGUGUGCAGUGCCCGUGUGUGCGGUGCCCGUGUGUGCAGUGCUCGUGUGUGCAGUGCCCGUGUGUGCGGUGCCCGUGUGUGCCGUUCCCGUGUGUGCGGUGCCCGUGUGUGCGGUGCCCAUGUCUGCAGUGCCCGUGUGUGCGGUGCCCGUGUGUGCCGUUCCCGUGUGUGCGGUGCCUGUGUGUGCAAUGCCCAUGGAAAGCAGAAGAAGGCAUCAGAUCCCCAGAGUUGGAAUUAGAGAUGGCUGUGAGCCUCCUACUCUGGGUAUUGGGAACUGA